CCCUCCCCCCCCCCUUCCCUUUGCCUGCUGCCUGUCCCCUCCCCGCCCCCCCCCUCUGCCCUGCCGCAUUUCCGUCCUGCCUGGCUCUGUCCUUGACCGUCCGCCAUUUGCGGACCUUGAAUCACCAUGUCCAAAGGCGCUCCCGGACCCCAGGCGUAUGAGAUGGCCGUUCUCAAGGCCCCACCGUCGACUCAGGCCCACCCGGCAGAUCGCCCGGACUUGGGUUUCACCUUCGCCACAAUUGAGUCGCUUCUCCGGUGCUUUGCCCUUUUGGACCUCGACGGCGACGGGCUGAUCCAGCUGCUUGAGUUGCGGAUUCUCUUCCGGGCAUUCAAGACUGGCUAUGAUGAGAACUUCACGCGUAGCGUGCUCAGCAUGUUUGAUUUCGAUCGCAGCGGCAGCAUCGAGCAUGAGGACUUCCUUUCGCGGAUGGCCCUUCUUCAGCACCGCGAUCCGGUCAUCUUCUCGAAGCUCCUGGCCAAGGUGAACUCGGAUGCGGAUAACACCGAACUCACUCGGUAUACUCUUGGCUGCAUGGUCAAGCUGGUUACCAUCAAUCAACUACGCCGGAGGUCCUCCCUCUACGUUCGGGAUACACCACAGUCCACCGGCUCUGGAAUCCAGUAUCACACCAUUAGGGCUGCCAAGCGUGCUGUUGGCCUGGAGGAUAGCAAGACCGCCAUGCCCACACAUGUGCAGAAGCAACUGGUCGACGAGCGGAAGCGCACGAACCAGCGUAUCCCCUGGUUUUUGUAUUUGAUCACCGUGGUCCAGGUGGCCAUGGUGAUCACUUCGCUCUUCAUGAACAAGGGCAUCCAGCCGAUCGGAGAGAACUUGAUGAUCGGUCCAAGCAACCAGAUUCUCCUUCACCUGGGGGCCAAGUUUGGCCCCUGCAUGCGGCCGGAGCCCUGGGUGGUGGCGGAGUUCCCCGACACCUUCCCCUGUCCCCCGGAGUAUCAGGGGACAUACCAGCCGAAGCUUCCCGGAGGCGAGUGCACGUACUACAUGGUCCUCGAGGAGAAGUGCGGCAUGGGCGGAUUCGGCAUGAUGGACAGCAUCCCACUCCAGGCGUGGCGCUUUAUCACCCCGAUGUUCUUGCAUACCGGAGCCAUUCACCUUAUCAUCAACAUGAUUUUCACCUCCUGGCGCGGGUUAGACAUCGAGAAGAAGAUCGGCUCCUUCCGGUUUAUGAUCAUCUUUUGUUUGAGUGGCAUCUUCGGCAUUGCCUUCAGUGCGGCCAUGACACCGAAUCAGAUUGCAUGUGGAUCAUCCGCCUCCCUCUUCUCUUUGCUGGCCAUUCUGAAGAUCGAUCUUUUCCUCAACUGGCGCGUGGUGCAAAACCCCUGGCGCCACUUGUUCACCCUGGUCGCUGUGGCGGUCAUUCUCCUGGGCAUCGGGCUUCUGCCAUUUGUAGACAACUUCAUGCAGAUUGGUGGAUACAUCGCGGGGAUCCUGUCGGCGGUGAUCCUGGUGCCGCACAUCAAGAUUUCGGCGGCCGGGCGACGCUGGCGCGUGUUUGCCAUCAUCUGCGCCCUGCUCAUCCUGGCUGGCAUCUUCUUCGGGGUGUUCUACACCUUCUACGAUGGCCAGGAGACCAACUACUGCUGGUGGUGCGAGGCACUCAACUGCAUGCCUCAGGGAACGCCCUGGUGCGCAGGUGUCAGCUCCUGA